AACGCAUGGGAAAUUGGCAGACAGAAAAGGUGAAAUUAGGAGUUAAACAAGGACGGAGACGGAAAUCAAAACAUUUUAGACUUUAGAGAAUCGAAACAGACAACGACGGAACAGAACAGAACAGAACAGAACAGAUAACGCCAUCAAGCUUUUUUGAAAGGAGGACUGAGAAGCUCCGAUUUCGUACGCUCGGCGGCAUCAUCAAAUCAGGUUUAAGAGAUCGAGCUCGCGAUGCUGGGGGUUCUAAGGCGGAAAGUCGCCUCUGAUGCAUCUUCUGCUUUGAUUGCAAGGAGAUCAUGGCAUAGAGUUCGUCCUGCUACCACAGAAGAGGUUUUAUCUCAUCGAAGAUGCAUUGACGCUAGAAAUUUUUCACACAUCACAAUAUCUGGACCUAUGGAUGGCAGAGUCUCAAGGGUAAUCAAAGAAAACCUUCUUCCCCAAAUCAUCAUUCCAUCAGGGAACAGGGCAUUUUGUUCUAACAGCGGUGAUCUAGUGGAUGCUGUCGUUCCGUUUAUGGGAGAGUCAAUAUCUGAUGGGACAUUAGCAACGUUCUUGAAGAAACCUGGGGAUAGAGUUGAAGUUGAUGAGCCAAUUGCCCAAAUCGAAACAGACAAGGUAACAAUAGACGUAGCCAGUCCAGAAGCAGGUGUAGUCCAAGAGCUUAUAGCCAAGGAAGGGGACACUGUGGAACCUGGCACUAAGAUUGCAGUCAUUUCAAAAUCUGCAGAGGGCGUUUCCGGUGUUUCUUCACCAGAGAAGCCUGUUGAAAACGCUACUCCUGAGGAAAAACCGGAGGUAUCCAAGCCUGAAAAGAAAUCUCCUGCUGCAGAAUUGAAAAAAGAGAAGCCAAAGCCUAAAUCUAAUGCUUCCCCACCGCCUCCUCAGAAAAUGGCGACAGAGCCCCAGCUUGCCCCAAAAGCAAGAGAAAGACGAGUUCCCAUGACAAAAAUCAGGCAAAGAGUUAGAGACCGCUUGAAAGAUGCCCAAAAUACUUAUGCAUUGCUGACAACAUUCAAUGAAAUAGACAUGACAAAUCUCAUGAAACUUCGAUCAGAGUACAAGGAUGCCUUUUUCGAAAAGCAUGGGGUGAAGCUUGGAUUUAUGUCUGGGUUUGUGAAAGCUGCUGUCAGCGGACUUCAGAAUCAGCCUGUAAUAAAUGCAGUGAUUGAUGGUGGUGAUAUUAUUUACAGAGAUUAUAUAGACAUCAGCAUAGCGGUUGGUACCCCCAGGGGUCUCGUGGUUCCUGUUGUCCGUGAUGUUGAUAAGAUGAACUUCGCAGAGAUUGAGAAGGAGAUUAACACAUUGGCCAAGAAAGCAACUACCGGGACUAUAUCAAUCGACGAUAUGGUAGGAGGAACAUUCACAAUAUCCAAUGGUGGUGUAUAUGGAAGCCUUCUGAGCACUCCAAUCAUCAAUCCCCCUCAGGUAUAGUUCCUUUGGUGAUGCAAGGUUCUUAAUGAUGCGUUCUUUUCCAUUUUCCUUUUAUUAGUAAUAAUAUAACCUUUUACUUAAACAGUCUGCUAUUCUUGGAAUGCACUCGAUAAUCAACCGUCCAGUGGUUGUGGGAGGCAACAUAGUCGCAAGACCUAUGAUGUAUGUUGCGCUGACCUAUGACCAUAGACUAAUUGAUGGAAAAGAAGCAGUGCACUUCUUGAAAAGAAUCAAAGAUGUUGUUGAAGAUCCCCACCGCUUGCUGCUUGAUAUAUAGAGAAUUUAGCUGUGGCCUGCCAGUUUUUUAUCUGAUGAGAGCUAAAGUUCCCGGAUGUAGUUUUUUUGUUUGAUGAAUAUGAAGGAAAAAGUAAAUUCUAGGCUUUAUUUGAAGGAGAGCACGUUCUGGCUGGCUGUUACAGAACUUGGAAGUUGGAACCCAGAAUUAUGGUGUUUAAAUUUUGACUGGUAGCUUGUAGGGAUCAUCAUUAUUUUGGACUUGGCCUAUAUUCUUUCUUUAAUGACUUUAUGGAAAUAUACUGAUUUCAUGGAAAUGGAGAAAAAAGUUUUGUUUUCUA